ACCAGCUGUUUUCAGCGACCUGAGGAUGCUUUUCUGUCUCCGUGCAGGAUUAAGCCAAUAACAACCACAAUGUUACUUUUCACUGCAACUGGAUCACUCUGUCUGUCCAGGAUUUUACACUGAUUUUCGACUCAGAGUCUCUGGAACAUCUGGGAUGGCCAGGGUGUCAUUGAUACAUCUGGGAGUCUUGCUUUUUGUCGGAAUUACAGCAGUGAUGGAGAAAGGUUUUUUCUCCACUCAAAAAGAUGCGUUUAUAUUGAUGCGCAAAAACUCUGUGCAAGAUUUAACCACUACAUCAUCCAAUGAGAGUCCAGCACAGUUAAGUGACUCUGAUGAUAAAGCCUCAUGUCCGAAAUGCCAACGGAGAAGAGCCAAGAGAUGCACUUGUUACACCUACAAAGAUAAAGAGUGUGUUUACUACUGUCACCUGGACAUCAUCUGGAUCAAUACACCUGAACACACUCUCCCGUAUGGCAUGUCGAGUUAUAGAGGCUUCCAGCGGACACGGCGUUCUGCCGAGAAGACCAGAGGAGGUCAGCGUUGUUCUUGUGCUUUGGGGCACGACAGAAAAUGUAUCGCUUUCUGCAGUGAGAGGGAAAGGACGACAUGAUCAUCUGCAGCAGCACAGCACCACUGAUAUACACUGAUUUAUUACUCUGUACCAUCACCUAUAGAGAAUCACUUCAGAGAAGAGGUUAAUGUCUGUCCAAAUGGAGGACCAUCAGAUUACAGAGAAGAUGAUGAAAUAGAAGUUUUGGGGACUUUUUAAACCAUCAUCGAGAACAAAUUAUGUAACUUUACCUAAGCCAAGUCAUCCCAAUAUGGCCUAAAAAGACACGUACGAAAGGAUAUCAUCAUGAGCAGCAUCCCACAGACUAACAUUCUAAAAGAGACUCAAAUCACAUAUGCAGUAUUUCAGAUGUGAGGAAGGGAAUGUUUCCACUUGCCGAUACGUCCUGACUACCAAUUCAAUUACCAACAUGCAUGACAGCUCUGAUAGAUUGUCAUUGAGGUGUUAGAUUAAGUUUUAACAUACCAAACAAAGAGAUGAAUGUUUUCAUGACCCUGUCUCUGCAAGUCUUUAUGUUAAUAAUGGGUGGAGUGACAACAUGAAUCUUAAUCACUCUUGUCUUUAAUGAACAUUUAACAGAGUGUAUUUUCAACUCUUACAAGAAUAGUUUACCAGCCAAAAAAAUUCUUACACUCAAAUGACCUUCUUCUGUCAAAUGCAAACAUUCAUAUUUAUACCUGAUCAUAUUCAUGAAAUGGAUUUGAUCAAGGAUUAAAAUUGCAGAAAGGACAUACAGAUCAAAUAUGCAGUAAUAUUAAACCUUGCUGGUGUUUGUAUAUUUGUCAAUUGUCUUAAUCCAAUAUUCAAAAUGGGACCUCAGAUGUUCGUACAAAUGAGUUCUACAGAAGAAAGAAGACUGAAUAUUAUUUUAUUUUAUUUUAUUUUAUUCAUUGUAAUAAAUUAUUCUAUAAUUGAAAUUGUUGGACUUGUUUUUUCA